UCCUAAGGUACAUUCAUGUUCCACGGAAAAAUAAAACUUACUGCCAUCGCUUUCAUUUUGUCAUCUUACUUCAAAUUAACAUGGGAUAGAUUACACUUUGUAUUGCGCAAGUUGUUGCCAAUUUAAACUACAGCGUGACAUUGCUGUACUCAAAAUUGAGCUUUGACACGUUUUAUGUUUAUUUGUGUUGUAUGUGUGAAAAUGUUCAUUGGAGCAACGAAAACCUCAACUAUCACGCUUUUCAGAAAAAAACAAGCAAGCUGUACUUCCAGUCGGCGUAUGUUUUUAUACCCUCGGCAGUGUAUUGUGAACAUUAAUUAGGCAACUGGUGCCUCCAACUUCUUGGUUUGAGCGUUUUCAGCGUCUUCUCCCUUCAGUUGAAGGGAGGGUACCUCAACAGACGGCCCCUGCUAAUCGAGUGCCUAUCGCGCAGCAGGAGAGCUACAAGAUGGCGCAGGCAAUAUUCGAAGUGCUCGAAGGGAUGGACAACCAGACAGUAUUGGCGGUCCAGUCUCUGCUGGAUGGCCAAGGCGGAGUUCCUGACCCCAACAACCAGAAUGUCUCGGGGACGCCCACCAUCCAGUCUAUGGACGACGAGGAUGUGUUCCUGUGUGGGAAGUGUAAAAAACAGUUCAAUUCUUUGCCAGCCUUCAUGACACACAAGAGGGAGCAGUGCCAGUCUAGUGCGCCUUCCCUGUCCACAGUGUCCCUGGCCUCCACCAAUGCCUACACGCCAGUCCCAUCAAUCAGCUCCGGACCACAGACUCUUGCAAACAGACAGGUAUCCACCUACAUCACAGUCCCUCCAUCCCCUAUGACACACACGCUGGUCCAAGGCAACGUGCUGGUCAGUGACGAUGUCCUCAUGUCGGCUAUCUCAGCCUUCACCUCCAUCGACCAGCCCAUGGCCACCAUGCAGACACCUAUACAGAGUAACCUGAGCAUGCACACAGCUGGUGUAUCUUACCUUCAGCACCAUCACCACCACCACCACCAUCAUCAGCAUCAUCAUCAUCAACAGCAGCAGCCUCAGUCCUCCCAUCCCCUGCCCUCCAGCCAAACACCGGCCCACCCCCUGCCAGCUGGCCAGCCUGCCCAGCCUGCCCAGCAGCCACUCUCUUCUCAAGUCCCGGCGAGCCACAGCAACUCAGUGGUGCAGGUGUACAGCACACUGCCCCAUAUGGCUGGGGGUGGGGGUGGUGCAGAGAUCCACACCCUGGGUCUGCAGCCUUUCCAUCCUGUACAAGUGCCCAGUCAGUGUGUGGAGAGCCAGUCAUUCACUACCCCUCCUGUCUACAGCCCCGGGAAGCAGGGCACCAAAACGAAGACCUGCAGCAUCACCACCAGCCUGACGGAGCUGGGCGAAUUUGAGAAGGUCAUCAUUCCCAAACGGCCGAGGAGUAGCAAAAAGAGCCCAGAUGGAGCAACAGAGCAGCUGAAAGGAAAAGGUCCAAAGCUCAAGUGUAAUUUCUGUGACAAAAUCUUCUCGAAAAACUUCGAUCUUCAGCAGCACAUUAGGAGCCACACAGGGGAGAAACCCUUUCAGUGUAUCGUCUGCGGCCGAGCCUUCGCCCAAAAGUCCAACGUGAAGAAACACAUGCAGACACACAAGGUAUGGCCUAUGGGUGUGUCCAGCACAGUGUCAAGAUUACCGGUCACAGUAAAGGUGGUGCCAGUGUCAUCCAAUGAGGAGGAGGGGGGUGGGGAGCAGCAGCAGCAGCAGCAGCAGCAGCAGCAGCAGCAGCAGCAGCAGCAGCAGCAGGUUGAACAGGAGGAGGAAGGGCCUCAGCAGCAGACCAGUCAAACACAAGCAGAGCAAGAGGCAGCACAAACAGAAGCUUCAGGAGAUUUGGAGGAGAGUGCGCCCGAGGCUCGGGCUGAUCCGGAAGGCAGCCAAGGGGAAGCCGUGCAGAACGGGCAUCCUCGGGCACAGAUGCAGGUGCCGCCUAACCAGAGCCAACAGUGCCAAGCUCAGACCAAACAGAUCGUUGUGAUAGACAGCUCCUACCAGUGCCAGUUCUGCGCCAGCAAGUUCAAGACCUACUUCCAGCUCAAGUCCCACCUGACCCAGCACAAAGGGGAGCAGGUUUAUAAGUGUGUGUUGAAGUCCUGCUCCCAGACCUACCAGAAGCUGGAUCAGUUUUUGGAGCAUAUCAGGACGCACCAGGAGCAGCUGACCUACCGCUGCCACCUCUGCAGCAAGGUGUUCCCCUCGCUGUUCGAACUGGGAGUCCACCAGUACUCCCACUGCUUCUGCCCACAGCAGAGCACUCGCAAGGAAACCACCGUCUACAGGUGUGUGAAGUGUCAAAGCAGAUAUUCUACCCAGGAGGCCCUAGAACAACACCUACUGACUGCCUCACACAACUUUCCCUGUCCACACUGUCAAAAGGUUUUCCCGUGUGAAAGGUACUUCAGACGCCACCUCCCCACUCAUGGGACCGGAGGGAGGUUCAAGUGUCAGAUCUGUAAGAAGGCCUUCAAGACAGAGCACUACCUCAAACUCCACACACGCAUUCAUUCAGGUGAGAAGCCAUACAAAUGCUCCCUCUGUGAGGCCACGUUCAAUAGGAAGGACAAAGUCAAGCGACACAUGCUCAUCCACGAACCUUUCAAGAAAUACAAGUGUCCCUUCAGGACACAUGUAGGCUGCACCAAAGAAUUCAACAGACCAGACAAACUCAAGGCCCACAUUCUGUCACAUUCUGGUAUCAAACCCUACAAGUGUCUGUUUUGUCAGAAGGCAUUCAGCCGCAGGGCUCACAUGCUCGAGCAUCAGCAGUCCCACACAGAUAACUACCGCUUCAGAUGCUCCGACUGCAACAAGGGAUUCACCAGACAGAGCUAUUAUAGAGAUCACAAAUGUCCUGCAGCAGGGAACGGGACAGGAACCGAAGGAGGGGCUGGAGAGGCGGACGGAGACGAGGUUGGAGGAGUGCCGAUGGUAGAGGAGAAGGACGGAAAGGAUGGCGGGAGAAGUAGGUUCAUGAGAGAAGCAAAAGGGCCAGAGACGGGGGGAGAUGACGGGGAGGAGGACGAAAGCUCAAAGAGCAGCCACGAGCAGGUGGAAAGACAUGGGGAGGAGGAGGAGGAGGAGGAGGAGGGAGAGCAGAGGAGGACUGACGAGGGUUGUCGGGCUGCAAUGUCUAUCAGCACCUAUGAGGGGCAGACAGGAAGAGAAGAGGAGGAGGAGGAUGAUGGGGUGGAACAUGGCGACGAAACACUGGAGCAGAUUCAGAGCAAUGACCCAAACUGUUUGCAGCAACCAUGUUUAUAGUUUUAAGCAUCAUAUUUGUAGGAACAUUUCCUGGACAUGGACCAACUAACAAAGUCAGUUAUCAAUUAUUUAAAAUAAAAACAAUCUUGGAAAUGAUUUAUUUGUUUUAAAUUAAAACGCUGUUUAAAUUAUUUGCACAUAUUUUACUCCCUUUACUGUAAAUAAAUAAAAUGAUUAUGGGAUAAUUUACCUGGUAGAUUUAUAUCCCCAAGAAAACUAAGGGACCAUUUCCAUGUUCAUUUGUACAAAUUCUUGUUGUUUUUUUUUUUUUGGUGUAAAUUUAAAGGACCACUGUGUAGGAUUUAGGGGGAUCUGUUGGAAUGGAAUAUAAUAUUCAUAAUUAUGUUUUCAUUAGUGUAUGAUCACCUGAAACUAAGAAUCGUGUUUUCGGUAGCUUAUAAUUAUCCCUUCAUAUCUACAUAGGAAGCGGGUCCUCUUCCACGGAGCCCGCCAAGUUUCACUGCCAUGUUUCUACAGUAGCCCAGAGCGGACAAACCGAACACUGGUUCUAGAGAGGGCCAUUUGCAUUUUUACAUUACCUGAAGGCCACCGUAGGUUCUCCUGCACGCUUGGAAAAGGAGGGCUGAGGGGAGGGGUGUUCAGUUGGUUGCAAUCUGCGACCUCACCACUAGAUGCCACUAAAUCCCACACACUGGUCCUUUAAACCACAGCGGCCAAAAGCAAUGGCAACAUUUUCUCUAAUUUUAUGUAGCAAAAAGUAAAAUAUUAUAAGUUUACUUGUGUCUCAAAGAACAUUUGUGUCCAUAUACAUGUCCUUGCAAAUUGAGUAAAAUUCCACCCUCUGACAAUCCUUUACUGUUAUGUAUGAUCAGUUGACAAUCAGCUUCUGCUCAAGUGUUUUAUCACGGUAGGUGAUGUCCUAGAUAUCUGCGACUACCUAGUGGGAACGCCCAAAUGCUCCAAUUCAAAUAAUUUGUAGAGCCUCAUUAUAGUAUUACACAUUUAUAUCAAAAAUGUGUAUGGCUAUAAUGAGGUUUGAUAUUGCACACAUGCAUAAUAGGUUAGACAAACUAUUUUUCAUCCAACAAAAGAAAAACUCCUACAGAAGUGAAGCUCUCAACAGCGUAGAGGUUCUGUGUGAGUCAAGUGUAUAGCAUCAACUGUGUGAAUGAUAAUAAAAGUAAACAACAUGGUUACUGUUUAUGUAAGGGACGAUGAGGUUUACAUAACACAGUACUCUCUAGACAACAUUCUGUAGAAACUGAAGAUUCCCUGAGGA